AUAAAACUAGGGGCUAACCGUUAAGCUGUGUGGGCUUUCGGUUUUCUCAGUUGACUCAAAUUUUGAUUCCUCACACCCUACUCUCAGCCACUAAUUCUAAAAAUGGCCGCCGUCCAAAAAGCCAAGAAAGUCGCUAAGACCAAGAAGGUUGCUGCCAAGCCAAAGGCUCCAAAGGUCAAGAAGGCCUCACCAAAGAAGGCUGCUGCUCCAAAGGCCAAGAAGCCAGUGAAGAAGGCCGCCGCCAAGAAAUCUCCAGCCAAGAAGGCCGCACCAAAGAAGAAGUAAACAAUUCAAAUCUUCAAAUCAAAUCUCUGAAACUCCAGAAUCUCAAUCUUCUAUCAACCACCAAAAUGCCUUCAUCUACAUUCAUUUAAUGAUUCUAAACUACCUCAUCUUUCUCACUUUUCAGUAAAGUUUUUCAAAAACUUUACAAAUUUUGGGCUUUCGAUUCAUGUACAAACUCAAUAAAUCACAAUUUUGAAACAACCAUGUUAUAUUUUACAAUCGCAAUUUUCG